AUGGGUGAAGUGGUUGGUGUGGAUGCGCUGUACAGAUGCUUUGACGUCAUAUCCAGUGACUCUACGGAUGAACCCAAAGUUUGUUUUCUUCUAUCAUGGGCCAAUUUCAUAGAAACUAGAGGCGUUCACUACGAUCCUUAGUGGGACUAAAGGAGGAGAUAAGGAAAAAAGACUGUCGUCUCAGUUCAUCGGCCGUUUUUUCAAGCGUUUUAAGGAUUUGGAGGAAGAUAGCUUUAACUGUCUGCUAGAUCUUUGUGAUGACCCAGACGUUGCGAUACGAAAGCAAGCCGUACAAGAUUUACAGUCAAUAUGCAAGCACGAACCGGCCUUUACUUCCCGGGUAGCCGACGUCCUUGUGCAGAUGCUGGCUACGGAUGACCAUUCUGUACGUCUUUGUUCGUAACAAAUUGUCUAACUGUUCUAGGAAUCUCAUAUAGUUGCACUUGCACUCUCCAGCUUGUUAUUGGCUGACCCCAGGAGCACAUUAACAGGGAUUUUCAACCAAAUGCUUGCAGAUAACUCUGGCUCACCCAGAGACCAUGUUCUCAGAUUUUUGGCCGAAUCUCUAAAGCGCCUUCCUAAAGAAACAUUGGACGAUCAGUUGGAGGAGUUUAUCCUAGAACAGACCAAUAAGGUUCUGCUCGAUGUCUCAGAGAAUGAAUUUAUCUUGCUCAUAACAGUACUUUCAUCGCUCAAAUGCAUGUCUACAGUUCCCGGGCGCCAGAAACUCGUAAAUAUGAUAACGACUCAAGUAGUGCAGGCGGUACCAUCGUUUGAUCCGCAAGAUGCUUCUUGUCUCGCACAGGUUCGUGAAAGUGGCAGACAGGCAGUGCGGUUCUUAUCGGUAACCAUUUGAGUUUUUACGUUUCAUGUUUCAGAAAAACGUAACUGCCGGUGCCUUCUUAAAGUACACUCUUGAAAAAGUUAUACCUUUCUUCGAACCCAUCAGUAGCGAUCUUGAUCGACGUGGCAUUCUCCGUGUAUUAACAGAGUUUUCUAUGCACCCAGGCGAUGCCCUUUUGUCGUGUUCCGAGACCGAGAAGGCUCAGAUUUUAUGUCCCUUGUAUGCUUUACUACUGAACUCUUUGCCAAACAUUCCAGAGGAUCCACUGCUUGCUCUUGCACCAGCUGUUGAAUCGGAUGCCGAAUCUGGACAGUGUCAGUCGACCCAGAAUUUAAUCCCUGACCAAGUGUCUAGCUUGAAUAUGCUCGAAAUCGAAUGUCUACUUUUCUCCAUUGUUAAUCUAUCGAGGCUACUGCCAAAUUUUCUGGACUUCACUGAGCCCUCAGGCGGAGAUUCUACGAGCAAUUCUGAAGCUGCCAGCCGUGUACGAUGUUUGCGGCCGAAGUUGCAGUAUUUAGCUCGUCUCAUACAGUUGUACCGUCGGAAUAUAUUAUCCUCCACAGAAGAACUGCUGAAGAUGGAAGAAAUUCCUCAUGAAUCGGCAUCUGAUGAAGCAAAACAGGUAACUCUGAUUUUUACCUAUUGACAACAGGUAUGUGGUUUCAUUAGGCGUAAAGUUCGAUGUCGUAGCCAGGCCUCAUUUGUCGCGAAAAUUCCUUUAAAAGUUGUCAAACAAGUUGUAAAGUUGUCAAUAGGUCGCUGUCUUCGAGGUUAAUAACUUAAUGAAAUUUACUAAUUUCCGCCUAUCUUUCGUCGUAGUAUGAUAAAUAAACUUCACCAUCUUUAUUUAGGUGAUGAUUCGUAGUUUGGUAUGUGGCCACACAAAAUUUUAUUCCUGUCUCGAAGUACGUUCGGGCCACUAGUUUUAUCCCUAGAGCCUCGGAGAGCUGUAUAGCUGGCACCUUUUGAGUCGUAAACUUUUUCUGCAUGUAACCAAUAGGGAUUUCACAGGUACACACCUACUUUCCCUGAAAUAUACUGAUACUGACAAUUACCUGAUUCGUCAUAUUUGGACUACAUGCACGUAUAAUUCACUAGAUUGUUACUUUCGAAAGUAGGAUAAAGUUUCAUUUUCGUGCGUUUGUGGAAAAAACUUGCCUGGAAUAUUCCUCGUUACAACUGUUCCCCAGCGUGGUGUGGGGCUCACAAGUGCUUUGCGUAUCUGAAUUUUAAUACUUUUGUGGAUAUUGUGUUGAGCCGAUUUCGUGGUCAUUUCCGCAAUAAGUUCGAUCCAACAUCAUAGGAUUCUCUCACCGUUUUCCUUUGCAAGCUAUGUUGACAGAAAUACUGAGGCGGUAUCGGAAUUCUGAAUAUCAUGGUAUCAAAACAAAUCCGGUCAUCUCCUGUGCUGCUAGGAUCAGGCAUUUAGUUGCCGUAUUUCCAGAUAAGCUUUGCUAAUCGAACGGUAUACGUCCGUAAUCUGGCCUCGGUUAACAGCCGCUGUAACUGCCACACAUUAAUUCGUCCAGAAUCGGCACAGGUUACCAAUGUUUUGCUUGCUAUGUUUGACGAUCAUCACCCCUACUCGGGAGAAAUUGUAAAUUGCUUGUUUAUUGAACUUCUGUGAGGACACACGGGAUCAGCCUUACCCCAUCUUUACAUCGCCAAGCCUGAGCCUAAAUAAAUAGAAAUGGGUCUAAGCGCAGUAACUGGCCGGUAGCUAUCAGUGUUAAAAGCGGCCAGAUCAUGCACAUCUGUUUCACUGAACCAGGUCCGCAAUUCAAACAAUUGUACGGACAUGAGUGUGCAAUUCAUGAAAGUCUAACGCAAGAACUGUUGCCUUUUCCACACAGAUGCCUAGCUUAGAAGAUUUUACCAGAAUAUAUCGGACUGAAACCUCCCAUAAUUUCUAUCGUGAGAUAUUGGCGUACACCCUGUUGCGUUCAAAACAUGCGCGGAGCGUUCACGGCUGGUGGCCAAUACUUACUUUUGAAGUUCCGGCUCUUCAAAGAGCAGCACACGGCAUUCUGCUGACAUCACCUCCCGUCAUCCCCACUUGGAUAAAAACGAGGCCAUCAUCUGCGUCGCAGGUCGUCUAUCUGUCCUCGAAAACCCUUAUAAUAUCAUAAGAGAAUGCGCCUUCCAGGGGAUGACAUAGUCUUUUCAAUUUGUACUACCAAGACUUCCUCGCAAUGUUAGAGGGCGUUCACCGAACGUUGUUACGGAACUCACUCGUCCCUUUGUGCCUUAGGGCUCUCUCGAGCCUAACCAGCAGCCGCACAGCGGCGCAUGAUAUAGGCAGAAUAGCAUUACCCACUCAACUGAUGUUGGUAGUUUUGUGCUUCCAACAUAAGCAAAAGCGAUCUGCGCAGUUGUUGACUGAAGUGUAUUAUCUCCUUAAAUCCCCCAGGAUAUUUUUUUUCGCUGACGCCGGGAAUCACAGUUCCCUAAAUGCGUCUUUCCGCUUUUCGUUUUAUCACUCAGUAAAACUACACUCAACAUAUUACAUUGACCAGUUUUUUUCUUGAGGGUUAGCUUUACCUUAUUAUUUCACGAGUGGUCGCUGCCUGACCAGUCAGUUUACUGUAUCAGAAUUGGCGGAUCCCAUAUGUCGCAGUAGGUUGGGCGGGCAGCUUCAUCCAGGUGUGUUAAAGUCGAGGAUCUCGGUCGGACUUCGUAGCUCACUUGGUUAGAACGUUGGCUGUUCUAAAGUGUCAACCUUUCCGUCGUGGGUUCAAAUCUCGCCGGGGUCGCCAAUUUUUUCACAACUGGGUAGCCAAUUAAAAUAUACUAAGCUGAGGUCAAGAGGGGGGUCUGAUUUUCCUUUAGGCUUCCGAGCGCGACCAGGGUUAUUGGACCGAAUGUCAGGCAGUACUUAGUCAUGUGCUGUGAGAUAACGUAAGCAAUAAGUCUCACAAAUGUCCCAGUAGUGUUGAAAAGCAGAUAGCUCCGUCUUUUGCAGAUUGUAAAGCUCAGAAUGAUGGCGUCCUUUAAAGCUCAGGUUAUGUGUCCUUGCCUUAGCCUCUCCUUAUUAAGAGAGGUCAACUUCUACAUAAUUUUAAGACUGUCGUAUCAGUAGACUUUCGUUGGACUCGAUUUCGUGCCUGGAGAUUUUUCCUUAGAGAGUGGCUUGACUGUCUUAGGUGACUCCUACAGGGUGGGUGACAGAUAAAAGCAACUUCUGGUUCCAAUUCCAGGAAGUCGGCUAAUUGAUAAAAAACAGUGGACGCGCGAAUUGCACACCAGUUGGGUAACUUUGUUGCGAUAGAAAAUAGGCGUGUUUGGAGGGUGUCAACUCCUGGCUGCGGCACACAGUUACUCGAAUGACGCAUAAUGAAGAUUACUAUGAGGAAAGUGGGGUACCGGAAAUGCUGUUCUUCGACGGGGAUUGUCACACGUAUUUUGUCGUCCAGAGAACCGACACGGAGAUCUGGUAUUGACAGGCAAGAGGAUCUUCCGUCGUUACCGUCCUCAAUGCUGAACUUAGAACUUCGGAGGGCAGUUCAACUUGCCAUACUAUUUCUUACUAUGUGUCAGUUUUAGAUGACAACCUCCGUAAGUCUUCUGCAGUGUCCCACAAAACCGGUCAUAUUAAUAAAAGAAGUAGACCAUUUAAUCUUUAGUAGACGGCUUCUAGCGGACCGGGUUCCAGCCAGUAUUAAUGGAACCGCCCGCCGGAAACGCUGUUGGGCAAGAAGCUCUUCCAAAGCCAGUGGGAAAUUUCCCUCCUAUCUCAGUAAACCAACCCUACUUGUUUCCUUUCAUGGCAGUGGGCGAUUCGCCGUUCGGAUACAGGGAAAAUUUUGUGAUUAGGAAGAAUUUCAGUUGUUCCACGACAAGCUACGGUUUUACACGUAAACACGCUCAUUCGAUCUCGUUGAAAAAAAUCACUUUGGAUAUCAAUGCAUUUGGAGUAAGAUAUCCAUUCCGCCAGUCAUCGAUUUUAUCACCUGGUCCUAGUUUGUUUCCUCGAAAAGAACUCUUGAGUUCUUCAAAGCUGUGUCUUGCCGCCCUCUGGUAUCUAUGCGGUUGGUGCCUCAAAAACGGCUCCGCCUUCUUGCAGUUUCUUUCCCUAGAGCAUGUAGAUUUGAGGACGUGCUAGUCCACUUAAUUACUUAUCUUAUUUUUCAGACAUUGUCGAAUGUAGAGGCCCUAGUGCGCCUGUUCUUCCGAAAUCGACCGACUCUGGACAUCUCGACCAUGGUGCCAUCGUGGAAGAAAAUACCAGGGGCAGUUAAGCCGGGCGAAAAACGGCUCCCCGUAUCGUCCGCUAACCAAUCCACGGAGACUGGGAAGACCGGUCGCAUUGAACACACCUAUCGGAUGCCGGCCGGCAGAUGGUCCGGUGGACAGAGUGGCGCGAGAGGGGGCUUUCGGGGACGCCGCUUUUCCGGAAAUAAUCGACCCGGCCGCGGUCGUAUGUACUAA